GCCACUGACGAAGCUUCCUCUGUUCUCCAGGCUCGGUGUGUGCGUGCUGACCUCAUGGUGUAACAGGAGUAAAGAUGAGCAUUAGCAGUGAUGAGGUCAACUUCCUGGUCUACAGAUACCUACAGGAGUCAGGGUUCUCCCACUCAGCGUUUACCUUUGGUAUAGAGAGUCACAUCAGCCAGUCCAACAUCAAUGGUGCUCUGGUUCCCCCUGCUGCCCUCAUCAGCAUCAUCCAGAAGGGCCUGCAGUACGUGGAGGCUGAAGUCAGCAUCAAUGAGGACGGCACGUUAUUCGACGGCCGGCCCAUCGAGUCCCUGUCCCUGAUCGAUGCGGUGAUGCCGGACGUGGUCCAGACGAGGCAGCAGGCCUACCGGGACAAAAUGGCCCAGCAGCAGGCCGCAGCUUCAGCGCCGGCGUCGGCCACCGGGGGCAGCAUCGCCGGCAACGCCAAGAACGGAGAGAAUACUGCCAACGGGGAGGAGAACGGAGCCCACGCCUUAGCAAACAACCACGCAGACCUGAUGGAGGUGGACGGAGACGUGGAGAUCCCUCAGAACAAGGCCAUGGUCUUGAGGGGCCACGAGUCGGAGGUCUUUAUCUGUGCCUGGAACCCAGUCAGUGAUCUGCUGGCGUCAGGGUCCGGUGAUUCGACGGCUCGUAUCUGGAACCUGAGCGAGAACAGUACGAGCAGCUCCACGCAGCUGGUCCUGAGGCACUGCAUACGAGAGGGAGGGCAGGACGUUCCCAGCAACAAAGACGUCACCUCACUAGACUGGAAUAGCGAGGGAACGCUGCUAGCAACAGGCUCCUACGACGGCUUCGCCAGAAUAUGGACGAAAGACGGUAACCUGGCCAGUACUCUGGGCCAACACAAAGGUCCCAUCUUCGCCCUCAAGUGGAAUAAAAAAGGAAAUUUUAUCCUCAGUGCAGGAGUAGACAAGACUACAAUCAUUUGGGACGCCCACACAGGAGAAGCCAAACAACAGUUUCCUUUCCAUUCAGCUCCAGCGCUAGACGUGGACUGGCAGAGCAACAAUACGUUCGCCUCCUGUAGUACAGACAUGUGCAUCCACGUCUGUAAACUGGGACAAGACAGACCCAUCAAAACAUUCCAGGGACACACAAACGAAGUAAAUGCAAUCAAGUGGGACCCCACAGGAAACCUGCUCGCCUCCUGCUCAGACGACAUGACGUUGAAGAUCUGGAGUAUGAAGCAGGACUCGUGUGUCCAUGACCUGCAGGCCCACAGCAAAGAAAUCUACACCAUCAAAUGGAGUCCCACCGGGCCUGGAACCAACAACCCCAGUGCUAACCUCAUGCUAGCCAGCGCAUCCUUCGACUCCACGGUCCGGCUCUGGGACGUGGACAGAGGCAUCUGUAUCCAUACGCUGACCAAACACCAGGAGCCCGUCUACAGCGUGGCUUUCAGCCCGGACGGUCGCCAUCUGGCCAGCGGCUCCUUCGACAAAUGCGUGCACAUCUGGAAUACACAGACGGGAGCUUUAGUCCACAGUUACAGAGGGACGGGGGGAAUCUUCGAGGUUUGCUGGAAUGCAGCGGGGGACAAAGUGGGAGCCAGUGCGUCAGACGGAUCUGUGUGUGUAUUAGACCUUCGGAAAUAGUGCUGCUGUUUGUUGGAAGCCAUGGACCGACCAUGAAUGUGUACAUAGCCAAAUGACUGUCCCUGCCUGCCCUGCGUACUGCUCACGCUUACGGCCCCGCCCACCGACAGACAGGAAGCAGGAAACAGGAACAGGAAGCAAGCAAGCACCCGACACAGCAGGUCCAGACACAGGGAUGAACGGACGGACGGACGGACGGACGGACGGACGGAUUGACGCGCCCCUCUCUGUCUGUGCAGACUCUCAGAGAGACGCAGAAGGGACGCAGAGAAAAAAGAAGAAAAAAAAAACUGAUAGACAAAAAAAACAAAAAAACAAAAACAAGUUACAGAUCCGUAUGUGUACCAAAAUUUGGAAGCUGUUUUGCUUUUUUCGAUCUUUAAACAUGCUCAUCGUCAUCAAAAUGAAAAACUAUGAAAAAAGUGUUGAUUUUGUUCCUAGUCGGAUCUCAUCGUGCGGACAUAUCGACUUCUCCACCACAGAAUAGGAUGGCACUUAGUUUUUUUUAAAUUUCAGAUCUCUCGUUUCAAUGUUUUUAUAUUUUUUAUCUGUGGGGGAGGGGGCGGGGCUGGGCGGGUGGAGGAGCGCAUCCACACCGAACACCGAAGAGCAGCGUCCUCGUCACCAUCUCCAACCAAUGUGGCAAAACUAAAGGCUUUUUCUUUUCGGUUCUGUUUCCAUGUGUGAGUUCUGCUGCGAGCCGGUCGUGCGGUUAACUUGAAGAUGCAGUAGUCGGUCUUCUCCAGAGGACUCGCUCUGGACUCCUGUUGUGCAUCCACACGGCGAGGCGGGGUGGUGAUGUACGACGAGAUGCUUUAAAACAGUACCUUUGUGCACUAUUUGAUCCGGAUGCUUUUAAUCGCAGCUCUGCUCUCUGGACUUUGGCCAUAGUAGUGACAAUAAAUUGGCAAGAAGCCGACUGUUCCCUCCACUUCUCUGAACGUCUCACGCAGCGUCCGGCGGUUUGUACAUGUAGGAAAACACAUCAAUGACUUCUAAUUGGAAUCACCGACAAAAACACACGCUGCCCUGCAGUCUGCUCGCGGAAAGCUCAUCCUCACAUCUCCAGACGAACGCUGUGGAGGCACAAAACAUCUCAGCGACUGAAACCGCGGAGGGCGGAGCCAAAGAACAGCCAGCCAACCGUUGAGAGGACACGUUGUUCCUGGUGUCCACGUUUUUUAUCGUGUUUGUCGUUGAUUAACGGACAAAACUGAGUCCAGCGGUUUCCUCUGUAAUGAGCAGUGAAGCAGGAUUAUUUAUAACAGGACUGGAUGUUAGGGACGACCACCCGAACCUGCUGUUAAAGACUAAAGGAUGAGCUUCUGGUUCUGCUUUCAGCUGAGCAGGACGUAAGAAAUCAGAGGUUGUAUUUAUUAUCGUGCACAUGUUUGUGUUUGUGCACUAUUUUGUUGGUGUUUGCUCUUUGAAACACUUUCUCACACGGAGGUCACUGAAUUAUACGACCAGAGGAUUAAACUGAACGAUCAGUUUAGUUAAGAUGCAUUUAGAAAUUCCCAGUUUGACGUUCAGAGUGCGAGAACAACUCCUCUGGUUCCUGCAGUAAAACCAUUAGAGAAGUCUUACAUUCAGUUUUUUUAUACUAUGAAGUGAAAGUAAAAGAGGAACUAUGAUAUAAAGCAGAGUCAACGCUGUUCUUUAGAUGAGAGUAAAGUAUGAAUAUGAAGCUGUGCUGUUCAAAUAUUCAUGAACACGUCUCUAAUACACAGUUUCACCAACUUCAGCAUUAAGUCAUAAAUGGAUGCUGCUAAGUGUGAUUGUUGGACGUCCUUGAACACACCACGCGUACCUUUUAUGUCCCGAUAUGGUGAUUUUUUAUUUUUUAAAGAGGAAUAUAUGAAUUUUAGACGUCGGAUAAAACGGCGAUGAGUACAUCGAGCACUUCUGAUUAUGUUUUAAGCUCUCAAUCGCCGCGUUCGGAGGGAAAGGACGAAACGUUGGUUCUGAAAACCGUAUUUCAAAGUUCUGGCUUGUUCUGGUUCUUGGGCUCUGAUUCUUUGGCUCCGCCCUCCUGAAGGUUCGACUCAGACUUCAUAAACAUACGUCCCUCUGAAAUAUUUUUAUAAUCAAAAUUCUAGAUUUUUAAAGCUAUUUUUAAAAAAACAAAAAGAAGACAAGGCCGCCAAAUUUCUGUGGCAGGGAGUGGAGGGCUUCAGCGCCACUCUGGACCGCCGUUCGCCGACACGAGGACGAAGACGGACGACGUUUGUUGUGCCCUCGUCAGACGUCGGAGGGUAGAACCCAACGGAGGCACUGAAAGGCGGGAACGAAGCAGACGUGCAAAGAUUUGAAGUAGCUAAAGGUCAAAUGUAAAGUCUUUCCUCCCCCCGACGACAUCUUGGUGAAUUAAAACAGUCAAACAUGAAGCUGCAUCUUCAGUGUAUUUGAAUUCAUCCGCCCUCUCACCUUCGGCUCACCUUCUCCUGUGAAGGUCCCCACCGACCAGACGUUUUAUACUCUUUUAAAGACAAAUUUAAAGUUACAUUUUUGUAAUUUCUUUGUAGAUCUGAAGCAAAUGUGAAAUGAUUUAUUGGCAGUGUUAAUUUACAUGUUCUAUAAAUUUGACAGAUUUUGUUUUUUUUGUUCCGUUUGAUGCGAACAGUAAAGGUUGACCUGCAAUGUACCGCUCACCGAGUGGAGCCGCCACGCUGACGGCACCUCGGCCCGGGGAGACGCUUUUUUCCCCCCCAGCAGCGAAUCACCACUAAAUUUGUUUGAAUAAAGAAAUGUUUUACUUUUUUCUUUUGCUUGAAUCUCUUUGGGAGGUUUUUGUCCCGGAACAACGGGCGAGGGAGAAAACGACUUUCUUCUGAAGCUCGUAAAACAUUAAAAAGAAAAAACUUGUAAAACUCAAUAAGAUUGUAAUUUUUCAAUGGAGCCGAGACUCCGGGGAGUUUUUCAGUCCCCGCUUUGUUUGACAGCUAAAGCUGGGAGUCGUAGCAGAUGUUUUGUGGAGGAAGCUGCUCUGUGAGCGCACGACGGGACGUUUUCUGCAAAAGAAAAAACAACUUCACACCCAAAAAAACAAAAAUAAAUCCAGUUUAAAGUCAGAUCUGUGCUCAGUGAAAGCAGCCGCUGAGCAGUUCCAGGUUUGGUGUGUUUCCUAUUUGCCAACUUUAGUAAAACAACCUGAAAUCAUUUUAUGAAAUAUUUGUGUGUGAAGUGUUUCUUCUGUGCAGGAAACGUCCACUCCCUCCCACACUGAGACGACGCUUCACUGAGAAUCAAAUCUUCCAAAAUCAUUCUGCAUUGGCCAAAAAAGAAAUCUAAUCCUGACCGAACAUUUCAGAUCUGUGACCAUUGAAGCCUUCGUCUGGCGUCACUCAGAGGUUGAAUGAAACCAAACCCUGCCUCUGAGGCCCCUCUGCUCCGGAGGAACGUUUGUACGGCUGCAGAUGAACGAAUUCCUUCCUCGAAUAAAUUGGACGUUUCAACACCUGGACUUCUGGAGGUUUCAUGUGUUCCUAUUUACAGCCCUGUGCACUAUUUCUUCCCUGCAUUAAUGAAACACUCGGGAUCCAAAAGUUCAUGCACCCGGACAGAGCCGCCCUCCCCCGAGGCGUCGGCCUGUGCCACAGUGUGUCUGGGUGAACCUGGCCAAAGUCGCUGAGUCAGCCUUUAUCUGUGCCGCCGUGUCGGCUCUCCAAGCCUUUUCUGUUCUGUUUCUCUCUGCAGCUCGCAUCGUCACAUCCAUCUGUCAUCAUUUAAGUCAGAUCAGUGAAACUUAAGUCCAGAAUAAAAUAUAUUUUGAUAAGA